GCCACUGUACGAACAGGAUGGCGCUCGUUCGGUCUCUCCGCCGCAGCGGGGUUUCGGCCGCCCGUCGUCUCCCGUUCCUGCCCUCUUCUCGACCCCCGCUCCCCGUGGCAUCUUCCUCACCCCCGCUCCCCGUGGCGUCUUCCCGACCCCGACUCCCAUGGUGGCGUCUCGACCCACCACACCUUUCGCGCUGUCGUACGGGAGUCUCGGAUCCACUGAUAUUCGCGUCUUCCAACUUGUGCCGAGACGUGGCUUUGUCAAUUUGCCAAAUCUUUCAGGGAAGAUGCCCAACAAGCUUUCUGCUGUAUUUAAGGUUUUUCGCAGCACGUGGGAAAUCUGUGAUCAAUCUAUAAGAGCAAAGUGGGCUUCGUUGUCUGCCAAGCAAAAAUUUGUGUGCCAGCUUGGUGGAAUAGUGGCUGGAUUCGAGGUUCUGCUUGCCUUACUGUUUUAUUACUCGAAGGCGAAGAUGGUAGCACGGGUUGAAAGCAAGUUUAAGGUCCAUCAAGAGGUUCUCAACAAGCUCAAGCAUAUACAGGAAGUCGAUGAAAGUAACUCAGAGCGCGAAGCAGCGGAGAGAAGGAUUGAGGAUGCCGGCGAGAGGCGCCGCGAAGCUGACGAGGGCGCUAAAUUUGCAGCGCAGCAGCUUUCCCACAUGGGCGCUCAGAUUUACAAGCUUCAGAUGGAGGUGGCUGAGCAAAAAAUAGCUUUGCAGAAGAUGAUCAUUGACCGUGGGAGCAAAGGAAGUGAAUAACGUGCUGGCCAUAAUUUUGAUGAGAUGAGCUGCAACACUUGACAAGAUCUGACCGAUGAAUUGCUUGUUUAGUGGAAUAUUCUUCUACGCUUGUCUUGUGAGCUUUAGAUGAUCUGUUUUUCUUUGGCUUCUGUUGUUUGACCAAUGGCCUAAGAUAGAUAUUGCUGGAAUGAACCUUUAACGAGUGAGGAGGGCAUCCCAUCAGUUGUUUGUUUGAUGAAACGGUGAGACGAUUUUUCAGUUAUUCAUUUGCAUUCUUGUCUCUACCAAAAUAUCAGACUUUCUUAUAUUAUAUUUUGGGUACAGAGUGAGUAGUUCCUACCUAAUUUUUUGCCAUACUUUUGUAGGUCUGUGUAGAUGUCUUAAGAUUUUUUGCUUUGGCUUUAUAUAAUGGGCUGUUUCUGUAUUGCUUGUUCCAGGCCUGUGACAAGCCUAGCAGGUUCUUGCAAGGAGUUGCGCAGGGGGUAGCAAGUUGUAAGACUCAUUUAAGUUGUUUUUUGGCGGAAGUUCCCAGCAGAAACCAUGUUAGUUUGAAUGUUGUUUAUCUAUCGACCUGACCUGCUGAUCGGUCCUUGCUUGCUAGUAUGUGAAAUGGAACACAUUUGCUAGUAUGUGGCAGACAUUGAUAGCUAAUGGAACGCAUUUGCUUUU